CUUGACGUUCCGUGCAUUUGGGCAUAAAGUUGAAAUUAAAUUAACUUGAUGGUAGUCCGAUUAUAAAAAAUCAUGAAUUUUGCUCUCUAUCUUUAUUAAAUAUUGCUUUUAUUUAAAAAAAAUUUUUCUGGUCGCCUUCGUAGUUUCAACAAUAUUCUUUUUACUAUUGAUAAUCUCGCGGUGAUUGUGUGUGUGUGUGCGCGAACGUGCCUCCUAGAAAUCUUAUAAACAAUUAUUGCUAACAUGGAUGAUGAUUUUAGUUCAGUUGAAGGGGAUCCAGAAGAUAACUUUGAGGAUGAUGUAGAUUUCGAUAAUGAUGUAGACGGACCAAAAGAUUUUCCACAUCAACGAGGUCGUGGAGGUAGAGGCUUUGGGAAAGGACCACCACGAAAUUGGAAUGGUCCUCCCAGGGGAGGAGGUGAUCAUAGGUUCCGAGGAAGGGGGUUCGGACCAGGGGGUCCUCCACCACCUUUUUCAAGAGGUAGAGGUGGAGGUCCUAUGUUUAGAGGUCCUCCACCAAGAGGUGGACCUCAUGGUAACUUCAAUGGACCACCAAAUUUUUCUGGACCAAAUUGGAAUGGUCCACCUUCCGGACCACCACCUUUGAUGAAUUUUAAUAAUACAUCAGGAGGAAAUUUACCACCAUCUGGCAGCACCCCAAGUGGACCUAGUGGUCCUGGUAAUAUGAGAGGACCACCUGGAGGGCCAAGUGGACCCCCAGGAGUGUCAGGUCAAGUGAAACUAAAUGAUCAUGAUAUGUCAGGAGUGCCUAGUGACUCACCUAAUAUUAACAGUGGACCUACUUCAAAUCAAAUAAGUGGUGGUCCACCUGCAUCAAAUACUGUUGCACCAAUGCAGGUAGAUCCAAUGAAUGAAAUUUGGGUGGAAACAAAAACUGCAGAAGGAAAAUCUUAUUAUUAUAAUGCCCGUACUAGAGAAACCACUUGGACAAAACCAGAAGGACCCAAUCUAAAGGUUAUAUCGCAGGAUCAAGUAGAGGCUAUGGCACAGGCUGCUACAGUUGCUGUACCACAGAAUACAUCUACAGCUGCCCAAGCAGCCUUAGCACAAGCUAAUAUAUCUAAUAAACCAGAAGGUUCUGACGAUAAUAAACAAGACGCUAUUAAAUCCGUGACUUCACAAAUACCCCCACCACAUACAUUGCUAGGUCCUCCACCAGGAUUUGCACCUUUUGGACCACCAACCAGUCAGUUCCCGCCAUUUGGUCUUCCUCCUCCAGGUAUUCCUGGAGCUUGGCCUGGUGCUCCUGGGCAAGCUGGAUGGCCAGUACCACCUGGAGGACCAUGGCCUAUACCACCAAUGUUUCCAGCAGGAGUAUCUGGUGCCAUGGCUGCUAUAGAUGAGGCAGCUGUUAUGUCUAAAAUUGAUCCAGAAAUUAUAGCCAAAGCUUCUGAAUGGACAGAGCACAAAGCGCCUGACGGAAGAUUUUACUACUACAAUGCUAAAAAAGCUGAAUCGGUUUGGGAAAAACCUCAACCUCUGAAGGAUUUAGAAACUGCAAAACUUGCUGCUGCUCAAGGUAUCUCCACAAAACCAACUGCAGAUUCUUCAGGAACAGAUACAGGUAAGACUCAACUAGCUUCUACGAAUGGUGAGAUGUCUAAGGAAGAGCAGGAGAAGGAGAGCGAGGAGAAGAUUAAAAAACUUCAGGAGGAGAUCAAGAAGAAGAAGGAGGAGGAGGAAAAAGCCAAGGAGGCAAAGGCAGCAGAUAAAUCGAGACCUAUAUCCAGUACUCCUGUACCAGGAACACCUUGGUGUGUCGUAUGGACUGGGGAUGGUAGAGUGUUUUUCUACAACCCCUCGUCGAGAACAUCCGUUUGGGAACGGCCAGAGGAGUUACUGAAGAGAUCUGAUGUAGAUAAGAUGGUAGCCAACCCUCCCGACUCCCUUGCUACUUCUAGUAAACCUGAUGUAACUAAAUCCCCUGCCAAAAAACGUGCAACUGAUGAAAGUGAAAGUGAAGAAGAAACUCCGUCGAAAAAACCUAAAUUGGAAGAAGUUAGUGUUGUAUCGACAAGUAGUAAUGGUGUAACUCCUGCCAAAAAAAUUGAUAUUGGUAAAGAAGCCGCUAUUGAAGCAGAGGUGCGUGCUGCGAAAGAAAGGGCAGUCAUUCCUUUAGAUACCAGAAUUAAACUAUUUAAGGAAAUGUUAACUGAAAAACAAGUUUCAGCAUUCAGCACUUGGGAAAAGGAGCUGCAUAAAAUUGUCUUCGAUCAUCGCUAUUUACUUUUGACGUCUAAAGAAAGGAAACAAGUAUUUGAAAAAUAUGUUAAAGAAAGAGCAGAGGAGGAAAGGAGGGAAAAAAGGAACAAAUUAAGAGAGAAGAAAGAAUCUUUCCGAAAAUUAUUGACUGAAUCAAAUCUAACUGGCAAGUCCUCAUUUAGCGAUUUUGCUCAAAAAUACGCUAAAGAUGAACGUUUCAAAGGUGUGGAGAAAAUGCGCGAACGUGAAAGUUUAUUCAAUGAAUAUUUGAUAGAAGUAAGAAAACGGGAGAAGGAAGAGAAAAAUCAACGUCGCGAACAGAUCAGGAAAGACUUCAUAGCUAUGCUGAGAGAGCAUCCAGAUAUCGACAGACAUUCCCAUUGGUCGGAUGUUAAGAGAAAGGUAGACAGUGAUUCCAGAUACAAAGCUGUCGAUUCACAUGGCUUAAGGGAAGAUUGGUUCAGGGAAUAUUGUAAAAUAUUGAAGGAAGAAAAGAAGAGAGCUAAAGAAAAAGAUCGCGAACACAAAAGGGAAAAAGAAAAGCAUAAAAAGAAGGAUAAAGAUAAGGAUAAGGAAAGAGAAAAGAAAUCUAAAGACAAAGAUAAAGAAAAGGAAAAAGAAAAGGAAGAACCUAAAGUAGAACAAGAUACUGACGUUUCUAUCAAAGAAGAAGAGGAAAUCGAAAAAGAAGAAAACGAAGAAGGGGAAACUCAAGAUCAGAAAGACCGACAAGCCAGAGCAGAAGCUAGUCUUCGUGAAAGAGAAAAGGAAGUUCAACGUACUUUGGCAACUCAUAUGAGAGACAGAGAUAAAGAACGGGAACAACAUAAACGAGAUGAGGCUAUUCAGCACUUCAAUGCUCUAUUGGCUGAUUUAGUUCGAAAUUCAGAUUUGAGUUGGAGGGAAGUGAAAAGGAUUUUGAGAAAGGAUCACAGAUGGGAUUUAGCUGACACUUUAUCACGUGAAGAUAAGGAAAAGUUAUUUAACGAUCACGUAGAGCAAUUGGUUAAAAGAAAACGUCAAAACUUCCGCGAAUUAUUGGAUGAAACAACAGAAGUCACUUUGGUAAGCUCCUGGAAGGAAAUUAAGAAAAUAAUAAAGGAUGAUCCUAGAUAUACGAAAUUUACAUCUAGUGAAAGGUGCGAGCGAGAAUUCAAGGAUUAUCUUAAAGACAAAUUGAUUUUAGCGAAAGGACAAUUCAAAGAACUUUUGCAUGAGACAAAGUUAAUAACUCAUAAAUCUUUACAAACAUUACGUGAAAAUCAAACUCACAUGCAGGAAAUUGAAGAUAUUUUGAAGAACGACAAGAGAUAUUUAGUGUUGGAUCACAUUCCUGAAGAAAGAACUCAAUUGAUACUGAACUAUUUAGAGGAAUUGGACAGAAGAGGACCACCGCCUCCACCUACUGCCAGCGAACCUAACCGGAGAAGUGUUAAAUAAAUAUUGUACUGUUAUUAAAUUGCUAUUUUUAAGAAAAAUAACAUGCUUAGUAGAAAAAAAAGUUUUUUGUAUACUUUAUUAGUGAUAGAUAAUAAUUUUUUUUUAAAUAAUUUAAUUUACCUGUUCUUAUUAGCAACAAGAUUUCAUAUUUUUUGAAUAUGUGUAGUUAACAUAAUUUUCUAAUUGCAUAGCACUAAGGGGGUAUCCAUUAAUUACGUGAGCAAUUUUUCAAAUCAGUUUAGACUCCCCUCCUUAGGUGAGAUUUAGUGAGAUUUGCUGAACCCUCUUCUCUUACGUGAGAUUGAUGCCAAUAUUAUUUUAAACUAAUUUCUUUUAUUAUUCGGGGAAAUAAUGAACCGUUCAGGUGUACUAUAGUAAAUAUAUUUGAAAUAAAUGAAAUUCGAAGUAAAAACAAAACUAUUUCAAAAUAUUUGCUCAAUCCAUGGAGAGUCAUGUACUUUUUUGAUUGAAAUAAUUAGACACAUGUCAUCUGGGAGUUCUGGUAGUGCUGGAAAACAGUCACGGGAAAUGUUUACGUUUUCUUCGUGUAUCCAUUCCAAUUUUUCAUCCACAACGCACUAUGUUUGACUACACGUAUUGGUUGAAUCCCGACUACAGUUUCUCAUCUAACCGCAUGAAGAGCUGAUCUGUGAUUCUGCAACUUUACACACGAAACGAAAUAAAUGCCACAUGUCUUACAAUAUCCACUAUGAAUAUUUUUAUCAUUUUAUCAUAUUACUCACAAACUGGAUUAUUUUAAUAGCCAUGAUAUUUAUUUUAACUGGCAAAAUGAAUUUUUAGAAUAAUUUUUUUAAUAUCUGUAAUCUUUUUUUGUUUUUGAAGAUUUUGAGAUUUUCGAUUAUCCCCCUUUGGUUUAAAUGGGAUUUGGUGAGAUUCCUUUGAACCCCCCAUUCUGAGUUCACGUAAUAACGGAUGCUCCCUAAUUAAUUAUUUCUCGGUAUGGAAAACAUUCCAUUUUGUAAGAGGUAAAAGAAUGCAUGUAUUUUCAUCAAAUUUAACUAUUAUAAUGAUAAAUUAUUAACGUUUGAGGUUUGAUUUAUCUAAAUGCAGAACACUAACUUGUGGCAUUAUCUCUUGCGACAUGAAAUUUUGCUAUAUAACUGUUUUUUUUUAAAAAAAGUCCCAAUUAUGUUUUCAAAAACAAAUUUAUGAUAAUUAUGUCGUAGAAGGACAUUACUGUACGCCAGACUGUUUAUAAUUAUCAGUUUCAUUAUAUAAAUAAUCAUUAUGUAAUGAAUAAGCUCCAGCCACUCUAAUUUAUACAUAUUAUUAUCAAAUUUAAUGUUUUUCAACAUUGAGUACGACAUAGUUGACAAAAUAUUUCCAAACAAUGUUUUAUGUAGACAAACCUUUAAAUUUUUAAGGUAUUCAAAGUUGUUUAAUUACUCUGUUUUUAUACUUCUAAAUGUUCUUGUUUUUAGGUGUCUUCUGAUUUAAAAUUAGUUUCUUUUGUAAUAUCUUGAAGACGGAUGAAAAUAUUUUGAUAAAGACUAAAAAAAGUCAAAACGUCAAAUUUUUAUUUUUUUUUUGAAAAAAUUAUAACAGAAACUAAUUUUAAAUUAUAAGAGACCUAAAAUCAAGAACAUUUUAAGGUUAAGAAAUUAUAAAAAUUUCUGCUACUUUAGAUAUUCAUGUUUAAAAUUUUAUUGUAUUGACUUCUUUAUAUCACAAAUCCUUUACUGCCCUUCCUAUGGAUUGUAGGGCGAAGUCGUCAAAAAUUUGCUACAUUGAAAUGUAUUUUUUUGUAUAAAACUAUUGACAUAAUUGAAAAUAUUCACUUUCAAUUCAAAUUUCUCAAUAGACGAGAAAAUAAAUAUAAAAAAUAUCUCUUAGUUGAGCGUUUAUUUUGUCCAUUUAUAUAAUGAAUCAUUAUUUAAAUGAUAUUUGAUAUUAUUUUACUAGAAAUUAUUGGGUUGGCGACAAAAUAGCUUCGGUUUUGUAGUAUAAAAUAAAACAAAGAAUAGUUUUCAAUCAAUUAUAUAUUUUAAUUUUGCUCAAUGGCCUUUUCCCAUUUUUCUUUAAAGGUUCACGAUUCUUCGCUCUUAAAAUUUCUGGUCAUUACAUUCAAAGAAUCUGAAAAUUUCGAAAUAAAUAGUAAUCAGAUAGUGCGAGAUGAGGGCUGCAUGGGGAUGUUGCAUCACUUCCCAGCCAAGCUCCAAUAGUUUCCACGAGUUGCGAAAUAUGUGUGAGGCCUUGCAUUUUAAUAGUGGAACAUUAAACUUUUCCGAUUUGAUAUUUCUAUCCGUUUUUCUUUGAUUGCUUCAUUAAUUGUUGACAGUAACGCAUCAGAUUUGAUCGUUUGGUUCCUUGGAAGCAGCUCAAAAACACAACACCCUUUUAAUCUCACCAAACUAUAAGCACGAGCUUUUUUUGUUGUUUUUUAUCGUUUGAUGUGGUUUAUGCUGGUUCAUCGUGUUUGCUCCAUGAUAUUUUUCGAACUAUGUUACUGUACAGAAUCCAUGUGAUGAUUCUUUUCAAGAAAGGUUUCUUUGUGUUGAAUGAAUUUCUUUCAAUUCGUAAGAGAUUCGAAUAUCAAGCGUCCUAACUAACCUAAGAUAUUUUAAGUGUUUUUCAAUUAUUGUGUGCGAUACAUAAAGCCUCUUUGCAACCUUUCGGAUAGUUAUAUCCUCUUCAAUUAUGUCUUUCAUUUGGCCGACCAGAACGUUGUUCAUCUUUGAAAGGAAAAUCUCCAGAAUGGAAUUUUCUACACCAAUUCUGAGACGUGCGCUCUGUUAAGCAAUCAGCAAUAUAAACUUGACAUAUUUCUUUGUAAGCCGCGGCAGUUUUCUUUCCUUUACGGAAAUAAAAAAGUAAAAUAUGCCGAAAAUCAUCGUUUCUGCACUCCAUUUAAAAUUAACCCACAACUAAUAGCUUUAAUAAAAAUCAUGCACUACUUGCUUCUAAAGUUAUGUCAAUGUGAUCAAUAUCACGUGACAAAGGGCAAAGUACAGCACUAACAUAAGUUAUUCAACCUUAUCCCAACCUUAUAUGUAUACAAAAACAUUUAUUUUAUGAUGAAUAUUUGAAUAAUAUGUAAAAAUAUAGAGGGUGUUUCUAAAUUCAUGCGUCAAAAUUCUUGAGGUGGUUGCUCGUAUAAAAUUGAAAUGGGUCUUACCUAUAACAACAUUUCCUCAGCCGAGCCCUUUCCGAAAUGUCACCCUUAACCUUUUCACUGCUUUAUGAGAGGAACCGACUAGGCUGUGUGUGCUGUUCUCUCCCACCUAAACUUAUCUCUUGUCAGAAUUUUUGUUGUGUUAGGUUUUCAUUCAAAUAGUCUUUGUUUUACUGACAUUUCGCAUGCACUACUAUAUAAAACACACCUACCCCUUUUGAAAAGUCAUUAUUUUAGCCUCUUUCAAAUAUACAAAAAAAGAUGCGAAAGAACAGAAAUUAAAAAUAAAUGGGAAAGAAAAAAGAAAGGACGAAAAGCUAAGACUGAAAAAAGCAACCCAAGAAAAAAAAUCCAUACUUCUUGCAGUGAUGACUCAUAUAAGAGCUAUGAAGAUGUUUCUUACAUGGAGUCAGAUUAUUCCUGUAGUAAUGAUGAUAAGUAUGAUUCGAAGGAAGUUCAAAGUGUGAACAAGGAAGAUAUAAAGGAGGGUGAUUUAGUGUUAUCGUUCAAGAGAAAGUUAAUGAUGGGAUUAUUGUAAUGGAACUUAACUACUAAAUAAAGCUCUGCGUUAAAUUUGGAAGAAUUUUUUUCGAAAUUAUAUUUUUAAAGGAAUAUCCUUACUAAAGUUUCUGCCACUCUAACCUUAUUUUAAAUAAUUUUAUUUAGCGUAAAUUCGAUGAAACAAUAUUAUGGAUCAAGUUUAUUAUAAAUGUACAAAAUUUCAUAAAAGAAAAUGUUAUAACCGAUUGCGACUUUUAGUGAGGUUUUCCAAAACUAUUGAAGAGUUGACUUCGUAAAGAAAUUCAUUAGAACACGUUUAUGGGAAAAUUUUUGCAGAAGCUGAAUGUUGAAAAUCUUGUGCUCGAUUUUAGGGAUGGUGCGCAUCACGGAACCUUCGUCUAGACCACAGAUAUCAAAAACAAUUUUGCAGAGGGCCAUAUAUUAAAUUUUGAAUUCGUAGAUGGGCCAGGUUGAAAAUAAAAAAAAAAUGAACUGAAUUUAUAAAACAUUCGUAGAGGAAGCGAAUGAAAUCUAAAAGCUCUAAAAAACAUUCUUCUUUUUGUGACACAUUGCGAUCGCGGGCCUUAUUGAUACAGCCCAGGGGCCAGAAGCGGGCCGAAUCUUUGACAUGGUUGAUCUAGACCUACUAGGGCGUAGCACCUCGGAAAAACCUUUCCGGCUCGACUAUAGAAGGGUGCCUUCGCAAAUGUCUAGCUACGGGUAUUUUUUCAAUAUUCCUGUUACAUUAUACGGGGGUGAAAUUAACAACUAUUACUUUUAAGCAUUUACUAUGAUUAGUAAUACAUUUUACAUCUUUAUUAUUUUCCACUCAAUUUAUGAAAAAAAAAAGAUUACGGUGUUUAUUUUUUAUAUCUGCUUUGGUUUUGGGAAAAAUAUUUGGAUAACAAAUAUUUUUAUUUCUUCAAACUUCUUGAAAAAACGUUUUGAUAAGAAAUAAAGUAAGGGUUGCAAAUUUCACCCCCAUAUAAUGUAACAGUAAUAUUAGAAAAAUACCUGUAGUUAGUCAUUUGGCGAGUGCACUAAAUUUACAGAAGUUUCUAGCUCAACUGAAAUUUUAGAAAGAAAAAAAGAUAAAACUCAAUUUUAGUCUCCACUCUUUAAGGGUGGACUGAGGAAAUUUUGUUAUAGGGAAGACUUACCUCCCAAAUUUUGUGGCAUGAAUUAAGAAACAAAUCUGUACAAUAAUGUUAAAAUGUAUAUUUUCGAUUCAACAUAAUAAAUAUGGUUUUUAUAUGGUAUCUACUUUAUAUUCCAUAAAUAUCAACGUUCUAUAUGAAAUUUAUAUAAAAUAAAACUAAAAAAUUAUAUUAAAUAACCAUUUUUAGUAUCUAUAGUUUAGUUAUUAUAUACAGUUGGUUAGUUUUAUGCACUUUGAGUCAUUUGUAAUAUAGUCAGCGUUCAUAUAUAUUAAAAAUUUGAAAUUGAAAA